AAAAGCUAAGCUAUAGAACUCCUUUAUUUCCGACUUAAUUGAGAAGGUGCGAAGAAACAUCUCUAUUCUCCAAUCUCCAAUUUCUAUAAAGGCAGAUAUUGUUUAGCUUCUUGAACUCAAAAAGGCUCUCAAGACAAAGACCAAAAAAAGGGAAGCAAAAAUGAGUGUGAAAUUAGUGUCUCAAGUCAGUUUAAGUUUGGCACUAUUGUUAACUAUUCAGUUGGCAAUAGCAAAGGGACUUAUUGCAAAGCCUAGCUGUACAGACCAUUGCGGAAAUAUAGAUAUUCCAUACCCAUUCGGAAUGGGUGAGAAGGAUUGUUAUUUCAAUGAAUGGUUUGAGAUUGAGUGCAAAGAAAGUAGAGCUUUUAUAAGUAAAAUCAAAAUGGAGCUCCUCAAUAUUUCUACCGUAGGCCGGGCUAACGUCAAAAGUCCAAUAAUAUCCUCCAAUUGUUCCGACAGGGUGUCCGAUUUGCCUUUCAAUUUGACGGGAAGUCCUUUCUUCAUUUCCGACUACAACGUAUUCACUGCAGUAGGUUGCAACACCCGUGCUUUAAUGAUCGAUCAAUCUCUCCAACGCCUUGGGUGUGAUUCAAAAUGCCUUAGCCAUAAGAAGGAUGUUGAUUGGAGACAAAUGCUUCCUAAUUUCAUAGAAGAGGAUUCCAGUAGUAAUUAUUUGAUAGCGGACGAUUAUUGUAACGGCACCGAUUGCUGUCAGGUUACAAUACCUUCAUCCCUUCAGGUUUUCAAUGCAAGUUUUCAAGCCAUAAAUGAUCAAAGCACAGAUGGUUGCAAGCUGGCAUUUCUAGCAGGAACAUAUGGAUGGAACUCCUGGAGGAAAAAGGAUCCAAAUGUCCAGUUUCCGAUGGUGCUAGAUUGGAUGCUCUAUUCGAACCGAACUGAAAGUUAUAAUUGGAUGAUCAGUUCCGGCCUAUGGAGUGGCAAUAUCUCGGAGUCGGAAUCUCUGUAUUGCUUCUACGGUUCUUCUUCUAUUAAUGGGGCAGCAGUAUUCCGUUGUUAUUGCAACCGUGGGUAUGAGGGCAAUCCUUACAUUCGAUGCACAGAUAUUGAUGAAUGCAAAGAGCAAAAGCAUCAUUGCAAGGGAAUAACAAGAUGUAUGAAUACUUCCGGAUCAUUUAAAUGUGUACCUGACGCAAAAUGGAUUAUAUUGUUGUGCACAGGCGGGAUUAUUGGAGUAUUGGUAAUAGUCUUUGGUAUUCAGAUGUUGUGCAAGCUUAUGAAGAAAAGAAGGAACAUCCAACUCAAAAAAAAGUUCUUUGAAAGGAAUGGUGGCUUGCUGUUACGACAACAAUUAACUUCAAGUGAUGGUAGUGUUAAGAAAACACAAAUAUUUACAUCAAAGGAGUUGGAAAAAGCCACUGAUCGUUUCAAUGAUAACAGAAUACUUGGUCAGGGAGGUCAGGGCACAGUGUACAAGGGAAUGCUAGCAGAUGGAAGAAUUGUUGCCGUCAAAAUGUCCAAAUUAGUUGAUGAGGAAAACUUACAAGAAUUUAUUAAUGAACUUGUGAUUCUUUCUCAGAUAAAUCACAGGAAUGUUGUUAGGUUGUUGGGAUGUUGCUUGGAGACCGAAGUUCCUUUGCUAGUCUAUGAAUUCAUACCUAAUGGAUCUCUUUUCCAAUAUCUCCAUGACCAAAGUGAGGAGGCUUCACUACCAUGGGAAAUGAGAGUAAGAAUUGCUAGUGAAAUUGCUGGGGCACUUGCAUAUUUACACUCAGCAGCUUCUAUUCCAGUUUAUCAUCGUGACAUUAAGUCCACAAAUAUACUCUUAGAUGAGAAACACAGAGCAAAAAUAUCAGAUUUUGGAACUUCAAGAUCAAUUGCCAUUGAUCAAACUCAUUUGACAACUCACGUGCAUGGCACUUUUGGUUAUUUGGACCCAGAGUACUUCCAAUCUAGCCAAUUUACAGAUAAGAGUGAUGUCUAUAGCUUUGGAGUGGUUCUGGUGGAGCUUUUAAGUCGACAAAAGCCAAUUUAUUCAAGUAGCUCACAAGAAACUAUGAGUUUAGCCACAAAUUUUAUUCUUUUGAUGGAAGAGAAUAGACUUUUUGAAAUUGUUGAUUCUCGCAUUACGAAGGAUUGCCAUGAAGAAGAAAUUGUUGCAGUAGCUAAUGUGGCACUAAGAUGCCUAAAUUUGAAUGGAAAGAAACGACCUACAAUGAAAGAAGUUGCAAUAGAGUUAGAAAGGAUUCGAGCAUCCCCAAGUAACAAGUUGAAUGUUCAACAAAACACUGAAGAGACUGAAAAUACUGAAGAGGCUGCUGAAGUAAUUAUGUUGGAGAUGGAUGAUGUUCCUACUUCAAUUACUUGUGAUUUUAGUAGUGUUGAAGCUAUAGCACUAGAUCUCAAACCAUUGAUUUCUAACGGAGCUUGAUGAUCAAGAAGAUUAAACUUCUAUUGGAAGGUAAGUUUUAGUUUUUUUUUUUUUUUAGACCGGUUUAAGCUUUUACUACUGCUUUUUUUUCUCAUCUUUCAUAACAUGUAAUAAUAUUAAUUCUUGCUUUGUAGAACAUUUAAUAAUAUUAAUUACUUACAGAACCUGAUGAUCAAGAAA